AUGGAUAAGAAGAGAAAGGCCUCCCAGUUCCGCCACAACCAGCCGCACCCGCAGAAACCCCGGUUCCACACCGGCCCACACCCUCCAAGUCAGCAACACGGACAGUCAACCUUCAUUGUCCACCAGCAUCGUCCUUACAACCCCAACAACUACAACAACAACAGUGGCCAGUCCCAGCGUGCCCCGACCCAACGUCUCCUCCUAGCACCAACUCCACGUCAGCAAAAUGCUCCUCCUCCGUCGACUCAGCCUCCGCCAGCAAGGAAAGAGCCAGGUGCCAAGCUUGGGGUGUGCUACAACUGUGGCGACCUAGGCCACUCUGCUGACAAAUGCCCGAAGCUGAAGCACAGCGGGCAGAAGUUCAUUCAGGCACGAGUCAACCAUGCUUCCGUUGAAGAAGCUCAGGCCGCACCAGAAGUAAUAUUGGGUACGUUUUCUGUCAACUCAGUACCUGCUACAGUACUUUUUGAUUCUGGUGCUACGCAUUCGUUUAUUUCAAGCAAAUUUGUGGGAAUGCAUGGGUUAAGGAAAGAAAAACUAAGGAACCCAAUGUGGGUUAGCACCCCUGGGCAUAGUGUAACUUCAGUCAGCUAUAGCCCAGAGCCUAUGAGAGUGGGGAUCAAUUUGAAUCAAGCAAAAGCGGAUGAACAACCACCGAGGGUGGAUAAAGAUGUCCCAAAAUUGGAAGAUAUACCCGUGGUUUGUGAGAAUGCAGAAGUUUUUCCAGAUGAUCUCACCACCAUGCUGCCUGAAAGAGAAAUCGAGUCCCGUAUCGAUCUGGUACCCGGAACGACACCGAUAUACAAGAGACCCUAUCGGAUGGUAGCCAAUGAGAUGGCAGAAGUGAAGAAGCAAGUUGAUGAACAAUUGAAAAAUGGUUACAUCCAACCAAGUACUUCACCUUGGGGUGCCCCGGUGAUAUUUGUUGAGAAGAAGGACAAGACCAAGAGGAUGUGUGUGGAUUACCGUGCCCUGAAUGACGUGACCAUCAAGAACAAGUAUCCUCUGCCGAGAAUAGAUGAUUUGUUUGAUCAGCUGAAGGGUGCCAAGGUUUUCUCCAAGAUUGAUCUGAGAUCGGGUUAUCACCAAUUGAGAAUCCGGGAAGAAGAUAUCCCCAAGACCACAUUUACCACUCGCUACGGCUUGUAUGAAUGUACGGAAAUGAAAUUUCUGGGACAUGUGAUUAAUGCCCAAGGUGUCACAGUCGACCCAAGCAAUGUGGAGUCUGUUACGAAGUGGACCCCGUUGAAAACAGUUACUCAAAUCAGAAGCUUCCUAGGACUUGUGGGUUAUUACUGUCGGUUUAUUGAGAACUUCUCAAAGAUCGCUAAACCAAUGACGCAGUUACUCAAGAAAGAAGAAAAGUUCAAAUAG